AUGCCAGCUUUUACCCUAUAUGGUUCUCGCGGUUCGACCAACACCGAUCGUGUUCGCUUGACUCUUGCCGAAGGUGGCUUCACAGAUUACCAGCUUGUGCUUGUGAACCUGCAGAAAGGAGAACAGAAGUCUCAAGAACACAUGAAGCGUCACCCAUGGGGUAAAGUUCCCGCAGUCACCUUCCCCGAUGGCUUCGCUCUCUACGAAAGCCGCGCAAUCUGCAAAUAUCUAGCGAGGAAGUACUCGUUCCCGCUUGUGCCGCAGGGCACCGACGUCGAAGCCGCCGCGCUCUUUGACCAAGCAGAAUCAACAGAACUACUCUACUUUGCCGAUCCCGCGGGUAAAAUCGCAUUUGAAAUGUUUGUCAAAAAGAAGUACACGGGACAGCCUCCCAACGAAGCCGUCGUGUCAGACGCGCUGCGGUCGCUUGAAGCGUUCUUGGACGUGGCGGAACGCCUGCUACAGGAUAGAGACUACAUGGCUGGAAAUGACUUUUCGCUUGCGGAUAUCAACUAUAUUCCAUUGAUGCAGAGGUUGUUUGUGUGCGGGUAUGGCGACGUGAUACGAAGUCGCAAGGCGGUGAGUGCUUGGUGGGAUCGCUGCGUGACAAGACCAGCUAUACAGAAGAUGCUGGCCGCUGAUGAGGAAGCUGCGGCUGCAGCUCCGGCUCUCCGAUAG